AUGAUCAUGGGAGCGCUGGAGGCAGACCACCCCCCGGCCAUGCAACCCAUGUCCAGCCACUUUUCUGCAGCGCCUUCCCCCAAAGCGCACCCACGCCUCCAGUUGUGGAGGCAGCGACCCUGGGGCUCAAACCGCAGACCCCUUUCGACAGCGCCGUCGCGACAGCGCAGGGCGUACCGGCGCCCAUCCCCCAGCCGAGCGCUGUGUGUGAGGGCGGGCCAGGUUUCAGAGCAGUACAAGACCCCUCCUUUCUUGGAGGGACGGGGGUCCAGGACCCGCGGGAGAUGA